AUGCAGGUCACGUGCACACUUGUUCGCCGCCCUCUUUCUUUCCUCUCGAUCCCCCAAAGUUGCACGGAGUCCACGGGUACUUAGGACUUCAUGGUGGCCUAACUAUAAAAGAAAAUCGCAGAGCAAUCUGUCUGAAAGGCUUGCUGGUUCAAAUCCCGGAAGUUACAUUUUGAGUCAUGGAUGUUGUGCUGUCUAAAAAUGCACCAGAACAAAAUAUCUCAUCGCUGGAGCUGGGUUGUUCAAAAAUCAGUUACUGGUAGAUACGUACGUAGAGUAGUACAGUGCUGUCACAAUGGGAUCGACAAAGACAUCCAAAGAUGGCCUAGUUACCAGUCUUGGCCUCCUCACCACUACUACUCCUAGGACCAGGUAUUCUCAACCUAUUUUGGUAUUUAAACUCUGCCUUGAUGGCUGCUUCAAUGAAAAAAUGUUUCUAAUAAGUUAACUUUAUACGUCCCAAGCAACGCUGUCAUCAGUUCAUGGAAAUCUAUGACAGUCAAGAGUGACGUCCUCUUAGAAAAAAUUAAACUCGGAACAUGUACAGCAAAGGAUCAAUUUAGUCAAAUAGGCACAUGCCAUUAGUCUCUAUUCCACACACUUUUGAGACUGUUGCGGACUAGCAAUUUCUUCUCUGUCUUGCAGAUCAUCCGGCAAGGUUCCGAUGAGUAAACCAUCGGUGGCAACUGGUAGCUCGCGAUAUUUACAUCAUUCUAAGUCUUAAAGACAAAAUACGGGAAAAUAUAUGUGUGAAAUUGGUCUCAUAGGUGUGUAGAAUUAUCGUGGUUAGAAGCAAGUAAAUAUUUUAACGUCAAAAAACUGGCACAUACCUCCCACACCAAAAUAUGAGCAGGAGUGAUAGAAACGACAAAGAACGCAGAACAUUUUUUUUUUCGUUUUCUGCCCGUAGCUCCUAGAUCCACUGUCAGACAGUCCUACAGACAGACGGACAAUGUGACCGCCUUUUUGGCUAUUCAGUUCCAACAAUAAUGGUUUUCAAGUAUAAACGAAAAACAGAAAGAGCCCAAGAGCGGGACGAAAACGUAAUGAAUCGCGCAAUAAAUUCAAUUAACCAAAGAGAAACAUCUAUUCGGGGGGAUACAAGCAUUGCCCGGGCUUGUGGAUUUAACAGGCCCCAAGUGCAGUUAUUUUUUGAUUAUUUAAAUAAUAUAAUGAAGAAAAUGUACCAUGCCUCGACUGCGGAGAUAUUUUAGGCAACUCUAAGUCUGGAGAAACAUGGAUUGAAUGCAAUAUGUGUCAAAACUGGGCUGUGCUGAUUACAACAGAGGCAUCUAUAUUUGCGACAAAUGCAAGUUAUCAGUUUUGAUUUCCUUGAAAAAAUAACUGUUAAUAUACUUCCACUUUUAGUUAUGUUAGAAAUAAAGUUCUUCUUGCCCACAUGUAUUUCAUAUGCUGAUUACUUUUGCCCGAGGCGUUGGUUUUUAUUGCCCUCAUAUGUGGGCAAAAGGAAUCAAAAGCAUGUUUUCGUUUAAUGUUUUUUUUAAAGAUAUAUUACUAUAAUUAUAUAUUUUUAUAAUAUAUAUUUUGUUUCUAAAUGUAAUAGAGUCUUACUUUAAAUUAAAAAAAUAAUAAUUAGGAUUUAAUAGAAGAUUUUAAAAGCUGGCGACUUAAGGUGGUUCCUUUUGCCCGAGUCUCCCCUACACAUUUAGUUCCAUUUAUUAUUUUUGUCAACUAAGAUACCAUAAAAAUGCUGUUGUAAACUUAUACUAUAC